GGGGUGGCGGGGACAGGGCGACCCGGUGUCUGCGGCCCGAGCCGACUUGGGCCAGAUCAGCCGGGCCUCGCUUGGGUCGGGGCGCUGCAGGUGAAGCACGGAAGCCCUGGGUCCUGACGCUAAAGUUGUACGGAUCAAUGGAAUACUUGACGGAACCCACUGACCGCAGCCCUGGGCACAUAUAUUUUCAACCACCAGGAACUUGGGUACAGUGUGCUUUAGAAUCCAGGGAACUUCUUGCUUUGUGUUUGAAGAAAAUCAAAGCCCCUCUGAGUAAGGUACGGCUUGUAGAUGCAGGCUUUGUUUGGACUGAACCCCAUUCUAAGAGACUUAAAGUUAAGCUGACUAUUCAGAAAGAGGUGAUGAAUGGCGCUAUCCUUCAGCAAGUAUUUGUGGUGGAUUAUGUUGUUCAGUCCCAAAUGUGUGGAGAUUGCCAUAGAGUGGAAGCUAAGGAUUUCUGGAAGGCUGUGAUUCAAGUCAGGCAGAAGGCUUUGCACAAAAAGACAUUCUACUAUCUGGAACAGUUGAUUCUGAAAUAUGGAAUGCAUCAGAAUACACUUCGUAUCAAAGAGAUUCAUGAUGGUCUGGAUUUCUACUAUUCCUCAAAACAGCAUGCUCAGAAGAUGGUUGAAUUUCUUCAGUGUACAGUUCCCUGUAGGUACAAAGCAUCACAAAGACUGAUCUCUCAGGAUAUUCAUAGUAACACAUACAAUUAUAAAAGCACAUUUUCAGUGGAAAUUGUUCCAAUAUGCAAGGAUAAUGUUGUCUGUCUGUCUCCAAAACUGGCACAAAGCCUUGGAAAUAUAAAUCAGAUAUGUGUAUGUAUUCGAGUAUCCAGUGCCAUCCAUCUCAUAGAUCCAAAUACUCUACAAGUUGCCGAUAUUGAUGGGAGCACUUUCUGGAGUCAUCCUUUCAAUAGUUUAUGCCAUCCCAAACAGCUCGAAGAGUUUAUUGUGAUGGAAUGCAGCAUAGUCCGAAAUAUAAAACGCAGUGCAGGUGCUGGGAUGAUAUCAAAAAAGCAUACCCUCGGGGAAGUCUGGGUACAGAAAACAUCUGAAAUGAGUACAGAUAAACAGUAUUUUUGUCGCACUCAUUUGGGACAUCUUCUAAAUCCUGGAGACCUGGUGUUGGGGUUUGAUUUGGCCAACUGUAACUUAAAUGAUGAGCAUGUCAACAAAAUCAACUCAGAUAGAAUUCCAGAUGUGGUAUUGAUCAAGAAGAGUUAUGACCGUACUAAACGUCAGCGUCGUAGAAACUGGAAACUGAAAGAGCUUGCAAAAGAUAGAGAAAACAUGGAUACAGAUGAUGAAAGGCAAUAUCAAGAUUUCCUUGAAGAUCUUGAAGAAGAUGAGACAAUUAGAAAAAAUGUGAACAUUUACAGAGAUUCAACCAUUCCUGUGGAAACUGACACAGAUGAUGAGGGAGCACCUCGAAUUAGUCUGGCUGAGAUGCUUGAAGACCUUCAUAUUUCCCAAGAUGCCACUGGUGAAGAAGGUGCAUCAAUGAUGACAUAAUGAGACCAUGUUACUGACCAUUUACAUAUCUGUGGACAAAAUAAACUUUUAAUGUAUACUCCCAGUUUUGAUAGGAGAAAUUUGUUUUAAACCUGAGUAAAUAAGAGUAUUUUGAUUGUUCACUCAAAGUACUGAAAAGGUUUCAUUGCUUUGAAGUUUAAGAUAAUAAAAGAUUAGAGAAAAUGUAAUUAUUCUUGAUAUUUAUGUGGACAGUUGUAUCACUUUGCUUUUUGAUAUAUGAAGCACUGUAGUAUUUUCACAUGCCAUAGUGCCAGCUUCAGAAGUUCAAAAUUUGUGAUUUCUUGAGUGCUGACUAAAUAUUCAAGCAUAUACAAGCUUUUUUAUUGGUUUUACAUCAGUUGCUUUAUUAGCAUUUGAAAAGCAUAUGAAGACUCAUUUUUAAUAAGAACUUGUUAUGCACUUUGAUACACUAUAGGUAAUUUUUAUGUUCUUAGAGCAGGAAAAUUUGGGUUUCUUCAUAAAAUUAAUAUCUUGAGAAGUUUUUGGUUUUUUUCCUCUGGUGCUGGGAAUCAAACCCAGGGCCUUUAGCUUGCUAAGUAGGUGUUAGAAAGAAAUAUAUUUAAAAUGUUUGCAGAUUUAUAGGAAAUAUAGAGUAGUUAUUUAAAGAUUAUAUAACAGUUUGUUCUUUUUAAAAUUUUGUUCAAGUCAGCAACUUAGGGAAUUAGCCUAUUUAUAUCAUAAAAAUGUCUUUCUAUCAAGGAUUUUGCUUUAAAAACUUUGGUUUGCAAAUUGAGAAGGGAGAAACUGUCUCUGAAUUUGUCAUUGAAUGUAUCACCAUCAAAAAAGAAUAUGAGAUUCCCACAUGUAGAUGAUGAAAAGAAAAAUGAGGUACAUUGCUUUAUAAAACCAUGAAUCAGAUUUGAAUGAGGAGUGCCUUCCACACAGGAAGAGUCUUGACUUGGGUUUUAAAGUGUUCUGAGAAUGAAAUACGAUAUACUGUUUGUGCACGCAACAUCAUACUUACUAAAUGUGCCAUACUAAGUGCUAUGUAGUUCAUUCUGUUCAUAUUGCUAAAUAAAGAGUG